AUGCCGACGGCUCUGCACCUCUUGUCCUACGUUGCAGGCUCGGGCGCCUUCGUAGGCGUGCUGCUGUCGUUCGGUGAGUUUGGCCUUGUCUCGAUCACGCACGCGCGCUAGUGGCGCAAGGGGUAGCUAGCUCACAGAUCAGUUAAGUGAGUUGUGCUGAUCAUGAUCUCCAUUUGAUGGUGUCUCACAGCGAGUGGUCUGCUCUAUCUCGCCGAAGUGAUUGAAGAACAUGCAGCUCAAGCCAAGGUCAUGGGCCAACGUAUCGUCUGGGUGAGUGCCGGCCUCCACUGCAGUGUUUGCUAUUGUGGUGGUCGACUGGUGCGAUCGCGCUCGCCUUGCGUGCUCCGCACGAAUCGUCGUCGACUCGGCGCUCGUCAAAAGUGCUGUCGGCCGAGCUACUGAGGGCGGCUGCUAGGCGCGUCAGGCACGAGCGCUUGUUCACAGGGGGAUAGGCACGGAUCGGUGCCCGCCUUGGCCAUCACGCCGUCGUCCCUGACCGACAGGUCGACCCCCAGCUUUUUUAGCUGGCUGGGCAAACUUGCCCGGCACCACUGCAGGUGACCACACCUCCAGACCCAGAGUACACAGGCCUACAUUCCAUUCGUUUCUCCACUAUACUUGCAUCCUCUUCGAUGCGGCCUGCCCGGUGACGGCAUCGCACGUGGGCCCUUGCCGUCCCUCAACCGCCGCUCGGCUGCGGCCGCAGUCUUCUCGAAGACGUGGACCGCGAUCAAAAGCAAAAGCCGGAAUAGGCCUCAGGAGACGCGUCUGCGGCACCCCCGUUUCCACAAGUGCUACAAGCUUUGCAUUGUCCUGAGUCUAAACCAUGACUUACUUGAGUGCUGACAUUCUGGUCUUCUUCCACGGACCUCGAGAAGCUGGUUAUCGCCUUGCUAGCAACAAUGCACUUGGUUGACGCUUUGCCACUGUGAGCUGGCUCUCAUCUUGGACUCUUGGAUUCCACCGAGCGUUGUCCAAAUGGAACCUUAAUGCGACGCUAACUCUGGCGACUACCAUUAAUGCGUUUCCAGAUACAUUGCUGCUUUGGGUAUAUUCUGCCACCUCGUCUAGUGAGUUGAUUUGAUUUUUGGUACCCUCUGGGUCGUCGGAGGGUGGAGCUGACGAGGGCCUUAAAACCACAUCUCGGCAGUCUACAAAACUUCUCGCGAUCAUGGCCGAGGAUCUCGCUCAUUUCGCCGGCAUUUAUUUUGUCCUGUGUGCUCGUCAUCGCGAACCACUUCGUCUCGCUCAACUACUUCUCGGAACGGGCGCGAUCAACUGGAUACCACGGAGGACGGGGCGCCAACACGGGCAGCCGAUGGAGCUCGGCACACCUGUCGCAUGCCAGCAAUCACGAAGAGACGUUCCUCGAUGUGGCGACCUAUUUUGGCGUCUGCGUCUGGCUUUGCCCAUGUAAGUCAUAUCCAGCACUAUGCGUCACCACGCUCGAAGAGCUGACCAGGCUUGUUCUCGUUCGCUCCCCAUCACCGCGGAAUCAGUCUUCCUCUUCUUGUCACUUUCUGCGAACAAUAACGUUCUGCCUUCGAAAGGCGAUGCAUCGAGCCCAGCCUCGCCCGUUCAAUCUCGACCCCCGUCACCUGCGUUAUCGAAGCAGAGCGGCGGUACAACGUUUCUCAAGACGCUCAUCUCGUGCUUGCUCGGGUUCGUACCACAAAGGGAUCGUCGAUCAAAAAACGACCAUGCCGUGAAAAUCGGCCACAAAUCUACCGUCGGUGAAGUUGCCCACGAUACAAAGCCGCUGUCACAUGCUCGGUCGACCCCUAAGCUCGAAUCCGCAAGCCCGGUCAUGGGGUCACUCCGCACGGGAUGGAAUCAGCCACCGGGCGCAAGUUCGCAAGGACAACGCAGUGUCAGCGGACCCGCGGCCAUGGUGGGCAAUCGUGAACGGAAUCUGCACUCUCGCUCGGCCCCAGGCUCGCCGCAAAACUCGCCCCUCGCGUCACCGUUGCUCGGGCCGAGUUUCAACGUCAACCCUUUCACCACGGCGUUCACUCCACGAUCGCCACCAAAACCCUCACGCAACGUGGGGCCACCCAGCAGCAACGCGACGCUUGCAUCCGGCCAUGGACGGCUAGGCCCUCGUCGACACACGACAGAUGAAGGGUUCGGUUUCAGUAUGGCUGCCGUAGGAUCGACAGGGGUGGCGCCGAUAACACAAUCUACCGGCAUGGGUCACUCCAGUCCAACCCCGCGGCGCCCGACUCUGCCCACUUCCGGAUUCACCAAUAGCAGCGACUUGAGCGUCGACACAUCGCCGCGAAGAAGCUCGAUGCCGGGAAACACUCCAGGCUUGAUGGCGCCACAUAACCCAAACCGAGGCCCGCCACCACCUGCGGCUUCGUCCGGCAUGGCGUUCAAGAUCACACCUGUGCCAAUGCCCAACCCGACCCUACCGACGAUGGGACAGGGUACUCCACCACGCCCGGGUCACCAACGCACCAACAGUCUUGUCACUCUCACGCCGACCCGACCAACGCAUGUCCGGAGACAGUCGGUCGGUGCUGGAUCGCUCGACGCGCUCACAUUGGAUUUCCUCCCCUCGACGCCGUCGCCCGUUCGACCGCAACACUCCGUUACCAGCAAUGCGCACGGCGUUCCCUCCGUCUCGAUUGGGCUCGGGCGGCCCAGCACCUUCGUCUCCUUCACCUCAUAG